AUGAGCAACAGCUGCUCGUCGAUCUGCAGGAGACAUUCCGAUUUGGCCAUUGAAGGCCCUGCCGUUCCUGCCCGCGUCAGGAUUCAAAGCAACGAGUCCCUGUGGGAAGCAGUCAGGAUUCACCCACAACGCAGCGAGUCUCUACACCAAAGUAGUCGGGAUUCGCCAGAUUCACCAACGCCCUAUCCAAAAUGUCGCGUCAACGACACCCGCUGCAGAGGCAGCUCAACCCCCGCCGAGGACUACUCCAAUUUCAUAGCCACCGAUUCUCAGAACAUCACCCAGGUCACCGAUGCUCCUGAGACCUAUUCCUUAUGGGCAUUUGAUGCGCCUCUCCAAAGCCCAACCCAGUUCGAUCUGUGGCUACAAAACUGCUAUGAGACGCUUGACCAGAACGGUCUCGCCCGCUUCAUUGACUAA